GGCGUGGCGGAUCAGGCCUGUGGGCAAGAUGAUGCUUUCGAGGCUCAAACCCGCCGUAGGGGCCGGCCUGCAGCUUGGAGACAAGCGCAGAAAGAAAGGCAAGAGGAUCCCUCAGCUGGAGGAGUUGCUGACCCAGCGGGAUUUCACCGGUGCUAUCGCCCUGCUGGAGUUUAAGCGUCAUGUUGGAGAACAAGAGGAAGAUACAGAUCUCUGGAUUGGAUAUUGUACUUUCCAUUUGGGUGACUACAAGAGAGCAUUGGAGGAGUAUGAGGCUUUGACUAAACGAUCUGGCUGCAACCCUGAUGUUUGGGUGAAUCUAGCAUGCACUUACUUCUUCCUGGGGAUGUAUACACAAGCUGAACAAGCAGCCUUGAAAGCUCCUAAAAGUAGACUUCAGAAUCGUCUGCUGUUCCAUUUAGCACACAAGUUUGGUGAUGAGAAGAAACUGAUGAACUUUCACCAGAAUCUGCAGGACAUAACAGAAGAUCAGCUUAGCCUAGCAUCUAUCCACUAUAUGCGAUCUCACUACCAAGAGGCCAUUGAUAUCUACAAACGCAUACUUCUUGAUAACCGGGAAUAUCUGGCCCUCAAUGUGUAUGUCGCCUUGUGCUAUUACAAACUGGAUUACUAUGAUGUCUCUCAAGAGGUGCUAGCUGUUUAUCUUCAGCAAGUUCCUGAUAGCACCAUUGCUCUUAACUUAAAGGCCUGUAAUCAUUUUCGACUCUAUAAUGGGAAGGCUGCAGAGGCAGAGCUCAAGAGUCUGAUGGACAGUGCCUCAACAUCAUUUGAGUUUGCUAAAGAACUCAUUAAACACAAUCUGGUGGUAUUCCGAGGAGGGGAAGGGGCUCUUCAAGUACUGCCUUCCCUGAUCGAUGUUAUUCCUGAAGUCAGAUUGAAUUUAGUUAUUUACUACCUACGACAAGAUGAUGCACAAGAGGCUUACAACCUGAUUAAAGACCUGGAACCUACAACUCCUCAGGAAUAUAUCCUCAAGGGAGUUGUUAAUGCAGUUCUUGGACAGGAGAUGGGUUCAAGAGAUCAUUUAAAAAUUGCUCAGCAGUUCUUCCAGUUGGUGGGAGGCUCAGCCAGUGAAUGUGAUACAAUCCCUGGAAGACAGUGCAUGGCAUCCUGCUUCUUUUUGCUCAGACAGUUUGAUGAUGUCCUAAUUUAUCUCAAUUCGGUGAAGAGUUACUUCUACAAUGAUGACACUUUUAACUUUAAUUAUGCCCAAGCCAAAGCUGCAACUGGCAACACCAGUGAGGCUGAAGAGGUAUUCCUUAUGAUUCAAAGUGAGAAAAUAAAGAAUGAUUUUGUUUACAUCAGCUGGCUGGCUCGCUGCUAUAUUAUGAAUAAGAAGCCACGACAAGCUUGGGAGCUAUACCAGAAGAUGGAAACGUCAGGAGAGUCUUUUAGUCUUCUGCAGCUUAUUGCAAAUGACUGCUACAAAAUGGGACAGUUUUACUAUUCUGCCAAAGCCUUUGAUGUCCUCGAAAGACUGGAUCCUAACCCUGAAUACUGGGAAGGCAAAAGGGGAGCAUGUGUAGGCAUUUUCCAAAUGAUCUUAGCUUGCAGAGAACCCAAAGACACCCUAAGGGAAGUGUUGCAUCUCUUGAGGAGUACAGGUAACCCACAAGUAGAGUACAUUGUCAGGAUCAUGAAGAAAUGGGCCAAGGAAAACAGAGUCCCCAUUUAAAGAAGUAUCACCCAAGAGGAUUGAAUCGGCUGCCAUUUCCUACCAGAAUGUGAAAAUGGCUUUAUUUUAUACCUGGAUGGAAUAAUGAGUUUUUAAACCUAAUGCCAAAACUCUAGAAUAUAAUAAUACAAAAUCAGAUUUAUAUUUUUUUAUUAAUGAAAACUGAAUGUCAUGCAGUUGUGAGGAGAAAUUUUUGUUACUAGUGUAAAGUAGCAUCUCACAAGUUCAAUUUUAUUUUAUACUGCAGUUCCCAGCAUUUAGCUGUUCUUACUGUCUUCAACUCUCAGGUUUUCCAAAUAUGUGCAUUUCUGCAAUUAAUGAAGCACUUGGAGAAUUGGGUUAUUCAAGUUGUACAGCUCCAUACUAGACUUUUUGUUAUCACCUUCUACAGUAGAGUAUGAUAUGAACUCAAGGACUAUAUUCAGCAUUUCAUAGUAAAGCUCUUGGCUGUUGGGAAGCAUAGAAAAAAACCACCUCUCUGGAAAGGGUAUAAAGAGUGCUUCUUAACUUGUGACUAGUAUCUGUGGUGCAGACCAUGUUGAAAGUAGAUUUAUGGAGCAAAUAGCCUACAUCUAGAUGCAUUGUAAUAUGUCUGUUUCUUCCAUAAGAUUUUGCUUUUUGUUCAGUCAUUUAAGGGUCUGUUCAAUUAUUAAUCCAAAAUGCGCACAAUUGGGAGAAAGCACCAUAAAACUCAAUGAAACUUACUUCCUGGUGAAUAUUUGUUGGAAUGGGCUACAAGUAGUGUUCUCUACUAUUACUAUACUAGGCUGAGAGGGGUCUUCUGUACUGCUUUACCUUGUCCUUACUAGUGCUUGUUAGCAUCUUGAGGAAGGAGAGAGUUUCAUUCAGAAACUAGAUCAGAAAACUCCUAAAAGAAUAGACCCAAAAGAACUCAGCUGAAGCACACUAUAGAAUAUACAGUAAGCACUGAUUAUUUUUAUGCUUUGAAAUGUGUAAUGCUUGUAAUUUGUACCAAGUUUCCUUGCUGGGGUGGCAACCCCCCCCCCCAAAGAAAUAAACAAUUUCUAAAAGUAAA